UUACUAUUUAUAAUAUUUACUUUACUUUCUUUAAUAUUGUGGAACAGUUUUGCUUUGAGGCGCUCCUACAAAACAGGUCUCAUUGGAUUGUGGCCGUUGACUGUUCAGUGACGUAUAUGAAUUCAGAUCGUGUUGAUGUAUGUUUUAUUGAUUUAUUUAUUUAGUCCACAGCAUUGCACGAUAGCAGAGAAGUUAUUACAGUACUAUUGUUGUGCCAGUGGAAGCCCAACACCAAUAAGAAUAUAAUGGGAGGUUGACAAUGACGCGGCACAAGGAGGAAGUCAUUCAGUCACCUUGUUACCUGCUGAAAGUUGACAGCCGACACAGUCGCCAUGGUGCAGGGGGGAGUUUGGCACGACCGGCUCCGCAUGGAAACUUUGAGCCACCCGGAACAGAACGGACUGAGAUUCAAAGAGGGGCACAACUAUCACAACGCCAUCCAGAAAGGGUCGGAGCUGAUUGCUGCCUCCAGGCAGCACACGCCGGAGUCCUCUGAGCAUGUGCCCAUGCUCGUGGCUGUACCAUUAUACCUUCGCUCAUGUAUUGUCAUCCUCUUUGGCUACCUGAGAGACAUCCUCAAAACAGUGGGCUUAGGGAAGGAUACUCAAACCCAAAAAAGAAAAGAGCAGAGGGUGAAACAUGUCCGGGGUCCAGGAGUCGCAUCUGGCCAGCACAGACAAGAAGUCUUUGAAAAGGCACCCAUGCACGUGGCUGUCCUGACAUACAUGGGCUUUGGCAUCGUCACCCUCUUUGGCUACUUCAGAGACUUCCUCAGAGCUGUGGGCUUAGAGAAGCGCAAUCUCGCACAGGAACGAGAGGAACAGAAGGAUUUUGUACCACUUUACCAAGACUUUGAGAACUUCUACACUCGAAACCUGUACAUGAGAGUACGAGACAACUGGAACCGGCCAUUAUGCAGCCUGCCAGGGCCUGUCGUCAACCUGAUGGAGAGAGUUUCUGAUGACUACAAUUGGACAUUCAGAUUAACUGGCAGGACAAUACACAAUGUCAUCAACAUGGGCUCAUACAACUACCUCGGGUUUGCAGAGAACAAUGCCGAUUACCUUGAAACGGUGGCAGACAAAGUGCGCCAGUAUGGUCUCGGCGUUUGUAGCACACGGCAGGAAACAGGUACCCUGGACAUUCAUGUCGAGCUUGAGUAUCUAGUGGCCCGUUUUCUUGGAGUGGAGUCCUCCAUGGUGUUUGGAAUGGGCUUUGCCACCAACUCUAUGAACAUUCCUGCACUUGUUGGCAAGGGCUGUUUGAUCCUGAGUGAUGAGCUCAACCACACGUCUCUCAUUUUAGGGGCUCGAUUGUCAGGCGCAACCAUUAAGGUGUUCAAACACAACAACAUGGUCCAUUUAGAGAAAGAGUUAAGAGACUCAAUCUGCUCAGGACAGCCUCGAACCCACAGGCCCUGGAGGAAAAUCCUGAUUAUGGUGGAAGGCAUCUAUAGCAUGGAGGGCUCUGUGAUACGACUUCCUGAAGUGAUCGCGCUGAAGAAAAAAUAUAAGGCGUGUCUGUACCUGGAUGAGGCCCACAGUAUCGGUGCAGUGGGGCCAGGGGGGAGGGGCGUCACAGAGCUGUUUGGGGUGAACCCAGCAGACGUGGACGUGAUGAUGGGCACCUUCACCAAGAGUUUUGGGGCUUCUGGAGGCUAUAUUGCUGGCAAAAAGGAUUUGGUCGACUACCUGUGCAGCCAGUCCCACAGUGCCAUGUACACCUCGAGCAUGUCUCCUCCUGUUGCUGAACAGAUAAUACGGGCCAUAAAGUGCAUCACAGGACAGGAUGGCAGCACAGAGGGCAUCCAACGCAUCCAACAGUUGUCUCAGAACACCAGAUACUUCCGGGCCAAGGUGAAGAAAAUGGGCUUCAUCAUCUACGGCAACGACGACUCCCCCGUGGUGCCCCUUCUGCUCUACAUGCCGGGCAAAGUGGUAGCUUUUGCUCGAGAAAUGCUUGAGAGGAAAAUCGCCGUGGUCGUGGUCGGCUUCCCCGCAACGCCGAUAACCGAAGCCCGCGCUCGCUUCUGCAUGUCUGCCGCCCACACCAGAGACAUGCUGGACGAGGUCUUGCACCACCUGGACGAAGUGGGAGACGGCCUGGGUCUGAAGUUUCGCAAAAGAAAGUCCCGCUGGCCCAACCUCUGUCAUGAGACUGACUUUGAGCUAGAUGGCUGAAGCAACUCUUGACCACUUGACUGUGUUAAAACUACAUACGGCCACGAGUCCACAUAAGAACUGGAACACAUUUUUUCAGGAGUCGCAGGUUGAUUUGAUCAACAACAAAAGUAAAAAGUACCAGAUGAUCGUGCAGCCAGAAGAUCCUUGGUCAGUUGUUUCUGCUUUGUAAUGUAUUGUAAAAAUAUACAGAAUUUGUAAAUUUAUUGAAUGAAUUAGGGCACAACGCAAGGUACACCCACACAAUGUGACCCUCACACAGAUGUAUUAAAUGCUGUCACAAAAUGUGGUUCCUUACCCUAUAAAAAAAGUGAAAAAUACAAGCCAUAGAUAAGUUCUUUAAAUAAUAAAAUAUUGACAAAAGCUACACAUUUUGCCAACAACCCUAUGGAAUAUAUGUAUAUGAGGGACACUCAAACACUAAUGUAAUUUAAUAGGGAAUUUAACUUUUACUUAAAACUCCUAAUAAUUGAUUCUAUUCUUAGCCUGAAAUUUUUAGUUUAAAUCAAAAGUUCCUAAACUUUUUGGAGAUGUCAUUUUCAGCGACUCCCACCCGCCCCCACCCAUCCACUCCCAGCUUUUGCUAUUGAACACCGCCUCCACCCCGCCUUUGCAAACAAUAUUCCUUCGAAAUCAACAAAAACAUGAAUGACAAAACUUUUAAUAAUGAAAUGUUUAAAUGAUAGUUGAUGGUUGCGCUGCAUCCCCCAGUUUGGAAGCAACUGGUUUAGAUACAUGUUUUUAGGUUUGUUUCGAACAAAACUUUAUUAUUUAAGCCUGUCCUCUUCCAGUCCGCCAUUUUGGAAAUGACAUAAUUGUUGGAUACCAGUCAGAAGCAGACAGCUGUGAUUGAUUGAAUGUCUUGUUUUUGAAAAGGGAAGCGCAACUAAACAUUUUCAAAAGGUUCCAAAAUGUGGAUGGGGAAGCUGCAAUAGGCUACAUGUUCAGCAUAGUCAAAAAGUGGGUGCCUGGGAUCAAAGGUCAAGCUCAAAGGCCGGUUUUGCGUGACCUCCGUGACGAGGAAAAAAAGCUUGAAAAAGUCAUUAUUUCCUCUCUCUGGACUACCAUAACCCAUCCCACACACUCACCCGAUCUGGUACCAUCACAUUAGGACCUUUUUUUGACCUUGAAAAGAAGUAGUGAGCAGUCAGCGCUUCUUUGAUGAUGAACAAGUUAAGGAUCCUGCAAUCAAUACCAAAAAAAAGUUUUUAAGCGUGGCCUAGUGAAUUUUACAAGCUUAGCAUAUCUAGCCUCCCUUGUUCAUUGAGGGACAGUCGAUGUUGAGAAGAAGAUUGUAUUGACAUUUAGCAAUGAAAUCACCUCUUUAUGGGGUUUUAUUUCUAUGUCUGGAUUGCUUUUUUAUUGCAAUAAAUAAAGCUAGAGGAAAAUUUGA